AUGAAAAAAGGAUUUUUACUGAACAAAAACAUAUACGAUAUUGAAGAAAAAGUAAUAAAAGAUGAAAAAGAUACGACGAAUAGAAAAUAUCGCAAAGAUGAUUUUGAAAUAUAUAUGCACAUAGGAAGUGGUAACUUCAGUGAAGUUUUUAUGGUGAAAUUGAAGAAUGAUCCGUCCAAAACUUACUCUCUUAAAAUAUUUAAGAAAGAACAGGUUAAUAGAAUGAACAUAAUUAAUUCUCUCUUGACAGAGAAACAUACCAUGACAAAGUUAAAUGUCCCAGGGCAUACAAAUGUUAUUAAGUUAAUUGACACUUUUAAAGACAAAGAAAAUGUGUACUUAUUGUACGAAUAUGCUGAUUAUGAAUUAUGGGAAUUUUUAAAAACUCGCAGUGUUGGAAUUGACGAAACUAUAACAUUUAACAUAAUACUUCAAAUGAUUCACGCGUUAGAAUACAUACAUAAAAAUAACGUAAUACAUAGGGACUUAAAGUGUGAAAACUUUCUUAUAAAUAAAGAUGGGACAAUUAAAUUGAUUGAUUUUGGCACUUCUAAAGAUUUAGAUAAUGUACCAUUGCAAACAGUGAAGCCCGAGCCCUCACAAGAAGACACGGAAUUGCGUAAAUUUGUAUUAAAAAAAAAAAAUAGCAAUAAUGUAACAGAAGAAAACUUCAAACGUGAACAUCCUCCGGAAAAUGGCAACAUUUUAAGUGAUGUAGAAGUGAAUGAAAAGUGUUCAAAUGAUAAUGAUAGAGACACGGAUGAUAGCGACGACAAGAAUAAUAGCAGCGAUAACAACAAUAACAAUGAUAGCAACGAUAAUAAUGAAAAAAUCGAUAAAAGGUUGAAAGACGGAAAUCCCAAAAAUUGUAUUCUUAAAGAACUCAAGAGUAAGGAAAUGUACGAAAUUAAUAAUAAAAUAGUGCCGAAAGAAAAUGACGAUCGUUUAAAUGUUUUAAAAAGUAGCAAAUAUCCAAUAGAUAAAAAUAAAUACAACUAUAGAAAAAAAAAAACGUUCGAUAACUAUGUUGGAACUGCAAAUUUUAUGCCCCCAGAGGCAUUAACUAAUAAGUGUAGUGGAAAAGCCCGGGAUCUAUGGAGUCUUGGAUGUACUAUCUACCAGUUAGUGACAGGAAUAGUCCCAUUUGAUGGUUCUACCGAAUGGUUCAUUUAUAACAAAAUAAAGAAAAAAGAAAUCAAAUAUCCACCUUUAAUGUCAUCUGAAUUAGCAGAUUUAAUAGAAAAAUUAAUAGCUGUUAAUCCAGAAGAAAGGUUAGGAUUUAAAAAAGGGUGCAAAGAAAUUUUACAGCAUCCCUAUUUUCAAAAAUAUAAUUAUAGCUCAUUUAAUUUUAAGAUACCACAAAUAUCAAAAUCAGAACAAAUUUAUACAAACGUAAUAAAUAAAUAUCGCGAAUAUGUAAUUGAAAAAAGGAAACAAAGACAAAAUGAUAACAACUCGUGUGAAGAAAUUAGUAAAAAGAUAGACAAAAUGAAAACGGACCUGUUAAAUAUCAUUAAAUUUGAUACUGUGUGUUACAGUGAAGAAAACGAAUCAACAGUUCUAAAGAAAAAAAUUGCAGAGACCAUUAAUUUAUUCCUUCAAGAAUUUCUCGAACAGGAAAAACGUGAAGUAGAAGAAGCAGAAAAAUGGUUACAACGAUACAGUAGUAAAUAA